AUGAAAUCAAAAAAACAUUUUGGAUCAUCCACUACUCAAUUUGAAAUGUUGAUGUUGAAGUUUAAUUGGAGCAUGAAAAUGAAUGCUCUCCAAAAGAUAUUUAUAAGAAGAUGCAGAUAACCAUUAUAUGAUCUCAAAAAUCAUGGGAAUGAGCAUCCAGAAAGAAUUGUCAAAAGACAUGUUCGCCAUUUAUCAGACCAAGUUGAUGAUUCAAUGGAGCAACUCAAAUUGUUGGAAUUACUCAAACAUAGAAGAACUCCAACUGACAAUUUUCAUAAAUGCAAUUCUUCGAAUCUAACUCGAAUCUACAGCAAUAGGAAUCGAGAUAUGAAUUCUUCUUUCUUUCAAUCUGAUGAGAAUAAUAUAAUCAAUGAUUAAUUUUUGGAAUUAUUUAAGGAUCAAAAAGAUUAAACAUAUUUUGGCAUCUUGAGUAAAUUUCAAAUCCAUAUUAGCCCCAAGAACUCAAAUUGA